AUGCUACUAGAGAACAAUAGUGAAAGUGAUGACUAUGACUUUGAAGGAGAUGAGGAAAGCGAUGAGGAUCUUGAUGAUGAUGCUGAUGAACAGGAGCCCCAUAUGGGUGGGCAACAUCCUUUUGGCGAGCCACCCUUCAUGCGUGAAUUAGAUCUUGAUGCUAUGAAUGCUUCUGAGUUUCCAGAAUAUGCAAACUUAGGUAACACAGAGAUAGAUGAUGAACUGUAUGUUGGAAGACAAUUCAAUGACAAAGAAGUUGUUAUAAAAACAGUAAAGCAUUACAGUAUAUCAAAAGGAGUGGACUACAAAGUGAAGAAUGGGUAUUUUUGGAAAAUCCAAAAAUAUAAUGGUCCACACACUUGUACUGUUGGAAUCAUUUCUCAAGAUCACAGAAAGUUAGAUACAGACACAAUUGCAGAAUGUAUAAAGCUAAUGGUAAAAUUUGAUCCUUCUUUUAAAAUCAAAGUAGUAAUUGGGGAAAUCCAGUCUCGAUUUGGAUACAUGAUAAGUUAUCGAAAAACUUGGUUGGCCAAACAAAAGGCAAUUGAAAAAGUAUUUGGUCAGUGGGAAGCCUCAUUUGAAGCUUUGCCGCAAUGGUGCAUAGCAAUGUGUGAUGCUGUUCGAGGAUCUAUUGUGAAAUUAGAUGCUACAGAGGAUUAUCGCAAUGGUGAAAUGGUUUCCAAUGUUCAAAUACUACGACAAGUGUUUUGGAGUUUUGGUCAUUGCAUUAGAGCAUUUCAAGAUUGCAAGCCACUUGUGCAGGUUGAUGGGACUCAUUUAUAUGGAAAAUACAAGGGAGUUUUAUUAGUGGUUGUUGCACAAGAUGAAAAUCAGAAUAUAUUGCAAUUGCAUUUGCUAUUGUUGAGAGUGAGACAACAGAUGGUUGGAGUUUUUUCCUAG